AUGAACGCUCUUAGAAUUAUUAAACUCACAUUGUUGCUGUCACCAAUCCCAAUCGGAUUGUUCUUGAAGCAUAAAUUAAAUAUCUCUUUGGUCUUGGACCGUGACAAGAACAACCUGUUGCUCGUCGACAACUCUGUUGAGAAUGUAAAGUCUGGUGAUGAAGUUACUCUAAUUAACCCAAAGAGACCAAAUGAGAUCAUUGUUAGAACUGUUAUUGAGCAGGAUAACAACUCAUUCUUUUAUCCAACAAAUGGCGCUGUUGCUUACUUGCAGGACAAGUUGAAUUCAAAGACUUCAACUCCAUUCCCAAAGACUCUUAUCAAAGGAAAGGUCAUUGCAUCUCUCUACUGUUUGGGUCCAUUUUGUGAUGCCAGGUCCGAGUCGAGGCCAGUACCUCAGACCGACAACUGA